UGAUGUGUCAUUAUCUCUUACUUGUUUUAUACUAUUAAAUAUUUUGCUAUUAGUAAAGCAAUUAUAAUAUUUUGACAAUGAUCUCAUUCAUCCUAAGAAGACCAUCUGAGCAUCUAUUAUACAAAAAUGGCUCAUCCCAACACAAUGAGAAACCUCGCCAUAAAGUUUCAGUUACAUAUGAACAAAACGUUGCCAUAAAGAGGUCAUGUCAUAACUGUUUUCUCACUUUCUUCCAUAUUGAUAAUCCAAGUUUGUCUUCUGGUGUCAACCGCGUUUCUCUCUUUCUCUUUCAUUUUUUACAUAGAGAUCAACCCUCUUUGUUAUCUAAAUUCUGACGUCAAUUGUUCAUAAUGCAAGGAAACUGAUCUCAUCAAUUAAAUUUAUUAUCUUUCUUACGUCUUACUAAUUCAUGUUUUUGAUUACUAAUUCAUGUUUUUUAUUGAAAUUGCUACUCUAAGAAGAACAACUUUUUCCAUAAUUUCAACACAAGUCUUCAUACCUUUUUCCUGGUUAGAUAUCAUUCAACUGAAGAAAUAUACAACCUAAGUUUCAAAAAGAACCACGCAAUAAGUUAUCUCAUUAGCGAUAGAUAUCUUUCACAAUAUUGGCUUAGACACUUUUCCCAAGAGAGCUUCCUUGCACGGUCUUACAUAUAUGUUCCUCAACUCUCACCGCAACCACCACUUUCCUAGAUUUAUUGUUGUAUGGGACUAAUUUCGACGACUUUCUCAUUUUGGUAUACGCAAAUUCACUAUUGUUCUUCGUCUAUCUUCACUGUAUUGGUUAGUGUAGCUCUUCAAAAUAUAAGAUUCUAUACAGAAGUGUAAUCAUAAGCUUAUGUACACUUUAUUUAUAACAAUUCAUAUUUUUCACAUUCUUUUCAAUAUGUAUAUUAAUUUCCGUCUUCACAAUUUUUUCCAGAGAGCUAUCACUCUUUCUAUCUUUUUGCAAGCACUCAUUUCCUUUGUUUCAUUCUCUAUUCCAUUAGCACAUCUACCAUUCACAAACUUAGCCAGACUCUUUCGGUUCUACUCUUACCAAAAUAAUAAAAACUACUCUCAGUCUCAAAUGACAAACAAUCUGACAAACAGAAGCAUAAUAUAUUAGGUGGUGGUGCAGACAUGCAAGUAAUAAAGUUGUUGAUCUCUAUGAGAUAUAUUAGGUGGUGGUGCAGACACCUAAUGUGUGAUUCACUCGGCAUUAGGUGUGGAUGUAAUGCCGAGUGAAUCACACACACACACAAAACGAUCGUAACAAUCGAUGAUGAGAGGAAAAAAAAUCAUAAUAUAUAUAUUAACAUUUUAGUAUAAAAGUAUGGUUAUGAUUUAUGAGCGACAAAAGCAAAGAUAACUAUAUUAAAUUGUGAGUAUGAGAAAAAAAAAUAGAAGUCCAAAUAUUGCUACAAGUGGCAAAAGCGAUGAAAAAAAUAUAAUAUGCGCCAUUAAGAGUAUUAGACUGUGAGCUUCCAACUCAAAAUCACUUGGCUAUGAUUGGAGAGGCCCAUAUCUUAUAUAUACCACUUAAGAUCAUGCUCAACUUCCAGUGUGGAUAUUGUUAUCUCUUAUACGCCCGUUCGAGAUGAUGGAUCUUUUACCCAUUGAUCUCGGUAUGUUUGGGCAUGGAUCGGCGGACCAAUUAUUUUGUCAGGCCGAUGUGGAUUUGGUUGAACAUGUGUGGAUCGGGCUCUGAUACCAUAUUAAACUUUGGGCUUCGAACUCAAAACCAAUUGGGUAUGAGUGGAGAGGUCCAUAUCUUAUAUAUACGUACCACUUAAGAUUCUAUUCAACUUCCAAUGUGGGCUAUUGUUAUCCCUAAUAAAGAGUAGUAACCAACCCUAACUGUGACCGACGAUUCAAAUUAUACAAAUUAUAAAAUGUGAUAGAAUAGGAUGCCUCCGGUUAUUAUUUAUAAUGAAAAGAUCUAGGGUUAAUCGAAUAUAGUUUUUGUUAAUAUUAUUUUUUUUUGUUGGAAAAUAAGAAACUUAACAAAAUAAGAAUAUAAGUUUGAUGUAUUCCACAUAUUGUUUUUUCAAAAAUUUACAUUUCUUUUUUUCUA